AAGCUCGCCGGCUCCAUUUCGCAAACAAACCGAAGCAAAGGAAAGCUUCAGAGCACUUUCAGCAGACAAUAAUAUCAACAGUUUCGAAUUCUUAACCAAAUCAAAGCCUAUGGCACCAGAAGGAGGAGAAGAACAACAACGAGAAGGAGGAGAAGAACAACAUCGAGAAGAAGAAGAAGAGGAAGGAGAAGUUGGAGAAGACCAUGACGCACCUGCACAUUACCCCUCUGCGCCACUCGAUGAAUUAUUUGACAUUUCAACAACAGUCGACCCUAGUUACAUAAUUUCAUUAAUCCGUAAACUCCUUCCUAUGGGAACUGGGACUCGUGACCAUUGUGAUGGUGUUGUUGAUGGUGCUUCUCGUGUUCAAAGCUCAAGUAAUGACCACAUGGAGGCAAGUGGAUAUGACAAUGAGAAUGCUGCUGAUACUGUUAAACAAUCUGCUUGUCAAGAAGGAGAAAUGGAAAAUUCAUGUGAUAGAAACAGACAGCAAAAAAUAUCAGCAGAAGAAGAGGUCUGGGAGGAGUAUGGCUGUGUUUUAUGGGAUCUUGCCACAAGUAGGACUCACGCUGAACUUAUGGUUGAAAAUCUAAUCCUUGAGGUGCUUUUAGCCAACCUUAUGGUUUCCCAGCCAGUGCGUGUUACGGAGAUUUGCCUUGGAAUCAUUGGAAAUCUGGUCUGCCAUGAAGUUCCCAUGAAAGUAAUAGUUUCUAGAAGUGAACUGAUUGAGAUAAUUAUGGAGCAGUUGUUUCUAGAUGACACCGAGUGCUUGAUUGAAGCUUGCAGUAUUCUAUCAAUUGCAAACAUCUGA